AUGACUUUCCCGGUUGCCUUAAUUUUGACUCUCUUGCUUGCGCAUAUUGAUCCAGUCUGGGCCCUAGAAGAUAUCCAACGACGUGCACUCAAUUCGGCAGCGCCCUUAAGAGUGAAUAAACCACUACUAGCAAUUCAAAUUGGAAGUAUUGUGGGCGCCUACGUGAUCUUCGUCGCUCUCCUUCUAGCCCUACUCAUAUUUGUCGGUCGUCGCCUGCGUCGGACGGGCCAGUCUUCCAACUACACACUGCAUAUGGAGAUGAUGAAGCCCAAACCGGUCAUCAGUUUGGAUUCCAGUCCAGUUUCUCACAUGUCGCACAACCUCCCAAACCCCACGUCAACUGGCUUCAGAUCUUGGGGAUCGCUGAACAGGAGUGUCAGACCCUCCCAGCCAUCCCUCGACGACAGUAUGUUGACCAUCGACGAAUCAGUCGUCGCAAGCAACCGACAACAAAGCCAGGAUGACAUGGAGAUGCUGUAUGCCGCUGUCAUGGAACAUGAGGACCGGAAAUUACAAAAUGAAUCCCCGGACAGCCAAAUCACGAACCCCUUCACUGACCGUGGCCCCCACACAUCGGACCACUCACUGGCACCACUGGCACCACAGUCACCACUGACACCAAAGGAACCAAAGGCAUUUAAAGCCCCAAGCAAGGGAUUUGGAAAGUCUCGUCUAUCGAAGCUCUUCGGUUCAAGCUCCCGCUCAAGUCUAGAAUCAAGCAAGAGCAUGGCUAUGAGCAAAAUCCCGAUUUCGUCUCCAUUGGCUUCCCCAGCACCGGAAACACCCCAAUAUUUUGUACCCCAGAAUCCUCCCCUUAGCCCGCGGAUCUAUAACCCCGGUCCACCUCCAAUGGUACCGCAGCUGCAAGUUGAUUCCCCAACCAAGACUGCUCGUUCUUUCCGGACAACACCGACACCUUUGAAUCUGGCCACUUUCGGCUCUACACCAUCGCCUUCAUCGUCUUUGCCUUUCCGCGAGGCGUAUCCACAGCAGAGUGCACCAGCGACCAAGACUACAUUCUUGGACCGACCUUCGCAACUUCGCGCUGGUCCUGCCACGGGUAUGCCCACGCCUUACAGUCCGUACAUGCCGUUUACUCCCGUAACUCCCUUCACGCCCGGGCGCACUGUGACAAAGCGCCAGCGCAAGCGCGAAGAGCGAGGCAAUGGCCUACAGGUAUUAAACGAGGAUGAUCUAGUCAAGGAUAACGACGAUAUGUGGGCUUGA